AUGCUCCCAAAUGUAGCGAUGCAAGCGGACAAAGCCGUCAAAUUGGCUGUGGAGGUUCGUGGUGCAGAUCAUGACCUCAAGGAGAUGUACGAAAUUUUCGAGGGAUCCACUCGGCACGAGGACAAGCCCCCUCCAGUGGCUCCCGACAUUCGUGGCGCAGAUCAUGACCUUAGGGAGAUGUACGAUAUGUUUGAGGGAUCCGUGCGGGAUGAAAUCAGGCUGCUCCAUGACUACGUUCGGGUGCAAUUCUCAGCGCAGGCAGAGCAUCUGAGAGAGUUGAGCUGGCAGCUGCGGAAGGGAUCCUUGCAGGCCUCCCAGUCGGAGGCAGGACGCCCAAAUCCGGAAGACAUCGACUUUAGCAGCCUGGACAGGCUUCUGGCCUCUCACGGUUUGGAUCUGCAUUUCGGGAAGUCUCCUGACGUGCAAGCUCCGAACAAUACUCUCGAAGGUGUUGGGCAGCUGUUGGAAGAACAUGGCAUCGGCAUCAUCCCGGACAAUCCCAAACAGCUAAGAGUUUCAGAUAAAAACGUACUUCAAGUACCACUUCAAGAGAGCUCUCCACCGUCUGCGGAGUCUUCGCAGGACCCGCGUAUUUCGGAGUCGCACUCCGUUGCAAGCCUGCGUUCGGUGCAGCAGCUUGAGCAGCAAGAAGAGGGUGAGGGCAAGACUCCGCCGGAAAGUCCGCAUGCCCCUAAGCGGGAUAGCUCUCGCUUCAGCUUCGUCCGUUCGCAGAUGGUUGCGCAGCAGAGGGUUGCCAGAGCUGCCGCCUCUCGCGUGGAGCGUGCCAUAUCCCUUGCUCCACCUCCGGAUGAGAGUUUAUCGCUACAGGACAGGAUCGGGAAGGUGGUUGCGUCAAACCUCUUUGUCUACGGCAUCAUGGCUCUGAUCUUCAUCAACCUGCUUAUGCUUGGAAUUGAGGUGGAAAUCUCCGCAUCCUUGGGAACAAAUGAUAUCCCCCAAUGGUUUGAGAUCGUCAACCUGGUGAUUGUAGUCAUAUUCGUUCUGGAAAUCACAUUGAAGUUCUUCGCGUUUGGUUGCCGAAAAUUCUUCCUGGGUCCUGAUGGACACUGGAACAUGUUCGAUUUAGUCAUUAUCCUAUUGUCUGUCCUGGAGACUGCACUGGACGGAUGGGCCGCAUCACAAUCCGCAUCACAGGUGGAGUUGAGCCACCUCCGUGUCAUGCGCUUCAUGCGUUUGGCUCGGACGUUGCGUGGCAUCCGAGUCAUCCGGCUGCUCCGCUAUGUCGGUGCUUUGCGAACUCUUGUGUUCUCCAUCCUGAACACCAUGAAGUCCCUGUUGUGGACUCUGAUCCUUCUUUGCUUGUUAUUUUACUCAUUCGGCGUGGUGCUGACCCAGCUUGUGCAAGAUCAAUGCAGGUACGAAGCGAUUGCAGCUACCGGAAACACCAAUGCAGUGCCCCAUUGCGAAGAUGGUGUGCUUCAUAAGUAUUGGUCGACCAUCUUCGAGAGUAUGUUGACGCUGUUUAUGGCCAUAUCAGGCGGUUUGAGCUGGGGUGAAGCUUUGGAUCCGUUGAAAAGUUUCUCACUUAUUGCUGUGGCCUGCAUGGUGUUCUAUGUGUUAAUCGCAGUAUUUGCGGUUAUGAAUGUGGUUACUGGUGUUUUCUGUAACACAGCCAUCGAGAGUGCGAACUCCGACCGCGACAUCAGAGCCAUUGAGCAAUUGAACAAGCAAACAACUUUGGUGAAAUCUUUGAAAGAGCUCUUCCAGGAGAUUGAUCACGACAACUCGAACAUGGUCAGCAUUGACGAGUUCAGGACAGCUGUGAACACACCAAAAAUGUCGAGUUUUCUCGAGUCCAUGGGCAUAUCAACGCAAGAUGUGUGGACAUUGUUUACCAUCAUCGAUGCAGAUUCAAGCGGGCUGAUUGAUCUGGAUGAGUUCGUGGGAGGAUGCAUGGAGUUGCAUGGUCCUGCAAAGAGCUUCCAGAUGUCGAAGAUGAGCUAUGAAAACAAGAUUACACGGCAGGCAAUCAAGAAGCUUGUCAAGGAGACCUCAGACGUGAAGAACCAACUCGUGUUUGCUGCAUCAGGACGCAACUGGGCUCUCGCUCAGAAGUCUGCGGAAUCAGAGGCGGCCCGCCUUGCUGCAGUACCCAAACGCCUGAAUGAUCAUCUGCGGUCCAAGUCGAGGAGGGUUGGCAUGGAGAUCGUGCAGGGCCAGUUUGAAUUUGUCCUUGACGAGGCAGAUGGAACUCUAUGGCUGGCCAAUGCGUCAAACCUUCGCUGCAGAUUCCUGCCGAAGUCUUCCAGUGAGGACAAGAACGGUGCCAACUCUGAAGAAGAGGUCGUCCGUUUCUUCGAGGAAGAAGAGUUUGAGGAAGAGUUGCGGGACACGGAGAAGAAGAUGGAGCAGCUGAGGAAGAGAUUCGGUGGCGAUCCUGGCGUAGCGCAUGGUGGAACAGGAGUUUCCGGCAUCACUGUCAGCGCCUCUGACCAACUGGCUGGAGUCCGGGUGCCAAACAACCUUGUACGAUUUUACCAGGAGGAGGAGAAAAUGCUCCGCUACUAUGAGGAUGAGGUUCGGGUGCUGGCCCUGAGGCCUUUGAAGCCCCUCGCAGAAGGACGAGCUGUUGGGCUGGGUUGCUGGUUCCGACGCUGGGUGAAGAGCGUGAAAGCCCCGCGGCCAGGAAGGCGCGGGGACAUCGAAGCCCAAAAGAUUGGUGUGAAUCUGCAAGCAUCCGUCGCAAAGAAGGAUGAAUCAAAAGAUGUACAGAUGAAGGAUGCAAAGGAGGCGGGUAAAGAAGACGGCAAGAAAGAUGAGAAGAAAGAGCCUGAGAAGCCAAAGGAUCCGAGGACGCUUCUUCUUGAAGCCCUCAGCCAGAAUCUGAAAACCAUAGCAGCAGGGGUGUCGGCCGGAGACCCUCGAGUAAUGGGACGCGUGCUGCGAUCGCUCGCGAGCCUGCGCCGAAAGAUGGAGCCCGAGGCACCCCGGAGUGCUGUCUGUGCCGGCUCUUUGUGUCCAUUGGCCUUGAAACCACUGAAGGUGUUGAAGGCCCUCCUGGAGGAGUUUGUAGAUGCAAGCCGGCCCAGCAAGGCAGGGCACGAGACGGCAGCUUGUGUCAUCUUCUGUCCCCUUUCUUCCAUAUGUCCAACUAAAGCCACUGCGCCGGUUGCCAUUGCCAUGGUGCUGUCUGCAACAGCGCGCGGUCUUCAGAGGUCGUGGCCUAAUGAGCUCAAGCAUCCGGUGGACCUCACGCUACUUCUGUUCUUCUUCGCAGGCCGUUUCGGCAGGUUGCCCAACGAUGUACUGAACCCAGCCGGUUGGAGGGACUGUUCAUCUGAUUUCUCAUGCCGACUGCCGGGAGAUGCAGGGCGAGCCAAAGAGCUGCAGACAGGGCGGCGAAACCUGCACGUCGCUGUCCGUCUCCCAGACGUGGGACUCACGAUUUUCAUGAUGGUCGCCCGGGCAUCUCCGAGAUUGUUGGAAGCGGAGGGACCGCUUCAGAUCGACAUGUUCGAGCGACUCCCGACUCCCUUCGGACUGGUUCGCUUCGGCGUUGCUCCGGACCACCCCGAGGUGAAGAACGUGAUCAACGACUUUACCGAUGUGGCGCAGACGCCGAACUUCAGAUUCUUCGGAAAUGUUGAGGUGGGAAAGGGCAGCCUGUCGCUCGAAGCGAUGCGCAAGAUGUACGACGCCGUCGUGCUGUGCACGGGGGCAAGCGGCGAAAGGCGGCUGGGCAUCCCAGGUGAAGACUGUGAAGGCGUCGUCGGCGCGCCGGCUUUCGUCAAGUGGUACAAUGGACAUCCGGACUACCAGAAUAUCAAGGUUCCGGCAGCUGGCGAAGCUGCCGUGGUAGUCGGGCAAGGAAACGUCGCGCUGGAUGUUGCACGGCUCCUGGUGCGAUCUCCGAAAGAGCUUCAUGCAACAGAUAUGGAUGCAGGGGCCGUGGAGCAGAUUCGCGCCUGGCAGGCCGCGGGCCUGCGAUCCGUCCACAUCGUCGGCCGCCGCGGGUUUGUCCAAGCGGCCUUUACCAAUGCCGAGCUGCGAGAGCUGCUGACAUGCAGCGAGGAGGUUCUGCCCAUCAUCGACCCCGAGGAGCUCCAGAUGUGCCGCAAUCCGGCUUCCGAGGAGGAGCUCUCCAAGAGCCGCAUGAAGAAGCGAUCUCUGGAGCUCUGGGGUGCAGGAGUGUGCGGUGUCUGGUACUGGGUGAAGGAGAUCUUGGAUAAGAUGGCCGCCAACUUUGAGCAUCGACUGGUCUUGUCAGAGUCCGGUGCGCUGAGAGCCCUCCGAUUGGGCCGCACAGCGCUGCAAGGAGAGCCUGGAAAGCAGAUGGCGGUGCCAAGUGACCUGCCAGCCCUGGAUCUGGUGGGUCUUGCUGUGAGCUUUGCCGACUCCAUGUCAAACUUCGUCUGUUCAGAGGAGUGUGGCCUGGUCGUCCGGAGCGUGGGCUUCGACAUCCUGCCUUUCCAGGGGCUCCCGCUGAGCGACCGCAACAGAGUUCCCCACGUCAACGGCUGCGUUGAGCCGCCUUCAGAAAACCUGGGCGGACUCUAUGUCUCGGGAUGGGUCAAGCGUGGACCCCAAGGCAUCAUUGCAUCAAACAUCGGUGAUGCCCAGGAGACAGCCGCGAAGGUAGUCAUGGACACCCAGGGCAAGCCAGCGAAGGCAUGGUCGACGGAUCCCUUGAAGGAAGCCCUGAAAGAAGCAGGCAGCAGCGUCGUAGAGUUUCGGGACUGGCGGACCCUUGAGGCCGAGGAGGUGCGACGUGGACAGGAGACGGGCAAGGCAGCUGCCAAAUUCACUAGUGUGCCUGAAAUGCUACACUUCCUCGCGAAAGCGGCGCAGCUGUGCUCAGAUGGGUUGCGAGCUUCCUUCGACUUACAGGCCAGCUACAUUGCCGCGGUGCCACCAGCAGAUGUGGAAAUGACCGAUGCAGACAAAGGUGCAGUGAAGGACAAGAGGGCAGUUUGCCCCUUCUCCCAACCGCCAGUACUUGUAAUCUUGCGGCAGGAAGUGGAAAUCAAAUUUCCCCAGCUCAGCAAGCCUUAUGCCCCUGAGCUGGAAGCACAGGCCUCAGCGGCGACGCAUACGAAAAGUCAGAGGCAUGACGACGAAGCUCAGGCUUUUGCCGUCCUGAUACUGGUAGUCAAGCUUUCAGACAAGCGAGAUGACAAGCAGAAGGCGAUGGAAGUCGCGAGUGCCAUGGUGCUCUGGUUGAAGACGCUCAACCGCCGCACUCUGGAUCUCUUCAAUGCAAGGGCGUACUUCUAUCUGUCGCUUGCGUACGAGAGAUGUGGACGGUUGUCUGAGAUUCGCCCAGAGCUACUAGCUGCGUAUCGGAGUGCAUGCCUCCGGCAUGACCAGAUGGGCCAGGCAACGCUGCUGAAUCUGCUAUUGCGAAACUACCUUGCCUACAAUCUCUAUGACCAGGCGUUGAAGCUGGUCUCAAAGACCAGCUUUCCGGAGAGCCGCCCCAACAUGCAGUAUGCACGAUACUUGUUCUAUAUCGGGCAGAUCAAAGCCGUUCAGCUCGAGUACUCGGACUCACACUCCAAGCUGAUGCAAGCAAUUCGAAAAGCGCCGCAGACCCCCGAUGUGGCUUUGGGGUUCAAGCUGGCAGCCAGCAAGUUGGCUAUAGUCGUGGAGCUGCUUAUGGGUGGAGUUCCCGAGCGAUCUUUCUUCACCCAGAAGGACUCCGAAGAGUUGAAGGAGCAUCUCCGACCGUACUAUGCUGCAACGCAAGCCGUCCGUUCCGGCGACUUGCAUGCGUUCAAGGAAUGCACCAAGACGUACGAGGCGUUGUUCAAGAAGGACAAGACGCUGACCCUCAUCAAUCGUUUGAGAUACAAUGUCAUCAAGACAGGCUUGCGAAGCAUCUGCCUGGCUUAUAGCAGGAUCUCUCUGCAGGACAUCUGCACAAAGCUUGGGCUUGAGUCUCCGCAAGACGCUGCCGGCGUUGUGGCCAAAGCUGUCGUGGACGGGGUGAUUGAUGCAAGCUCUGCUGCAAUUGAGGUCCUCUGCCAGGCGACGAUCGAUUACGACCAGCAGUUUGUGAAGUCCAAUCAGAAGAUCGAUCUGUACCAUUCUACCGAACCUCAGAAGGCUGCGGCACAGCAGGGCUCAGCUUGUGACGAGGGGCAUCUUGCUUCUCUCGUGUCUUGCGAGGCUCUGCACAAGCGCAUUGCCUUCUGCCUGCAGAUGCACAAUGAUGCUGUAAAAGCCAUGGCGUACCCGGACGAGAACGACAACAAGGCAGGGCAUGAGCGUCGUCGGGAUCCGGAAGAGAAGCGAGAGAGGGAGAAGCGUGAGUUGGCCAACAUCGAAGAAGAUGGUGGCGAUGAUGACAUGAUGAUUUAG